AGAAACAGAAAUACUAUGCUGCCAACACGAGAACCAAUUAACGUGAACUAUAAGUACCAAAGGCCUGAUCUUCAGUCGUUCAGUGGAUUCCGUGAAGAUCUCAACAUGCUCUGGCUGCACCUUGCUCUUGUUUUUCUAGCCUUUUGGCUUUUAUAUGUAGAUCCCAUAGAAUCUGAAGCAUUCGAUCUACAGGAUCAGAUGGCUGAGAUUUUAUUGGAAGAGCGCAAAGAGAUCUGCCUCAUACCCCGUACUUCCUACGGUAAUUGCAAAGGAAAGCGCAGAAUGUGGCACUACGAUGCCCGUCGAAAUAAAUGCCGGACGUUUAUUUAUUCGAAUUGUGGCGGAAACCAAAAUCGCUUCUACACCCACAAGGAAUGCAUGGAAUUCUGCGGCAACUACAAUUUGAAAAGAUUUUUGGACAACUAAUAGACUUUAAUGAAUGAUUUUUCUCGUCCAUAUAUAUUGAUAAUAAUAUUAAUAUUAUUAUAAUUGGCUUUGCUUGAAUUCAGACUAUGGUUGCUGUCCAAGAAUUAAAAUCUUUAGGCAACAAUAUGGUUUUUAUUAACGUUUUCAAUAAAAAUUAUAACUUGAUUAUUGUCUA